AUGAAGUUUGAUCAAUUGCCAAAUGAAAUAUUAAUUGAAUGUUUCGAAUAUCUUAGUGCAUUAGAUAUAUUAUAUUCAUUUGAUCAAUUAAAUUAUCGUUCUCAUACACUUGUUGGAAGCAUUUCAUUGCAUUUAAAUCUUCAUCACAAGAAUAAAUUGUUAUUUGAUCAAUUUUGUCAUCAAAUGUUAUUUAAUCCGCAAAUGAAAAAUCAAAUUAUCUCGUUAAAACUAUCGAAUAAAAAUACAUGUGGUCAACUUAAUGUAUUUCUCUCAUUUUUUUCAAUCAGUGAAUUUAGUCAGCUUCGAUCAAUAACAUUAAUUGAUCUAGAUUAUAAUCGUACUCAACAAAUUGAAUCGAUAAUAUUAUUAUUAUUUGAUUUUGCGAAUGUUUAUUCUAAUGAAUUGACCGAUGAAACUUGUAACGUAUUGUCUAAACUAGUACCAUCAAAAAUUCAAAUGAAGUUAACAUCAAAUCUAAACUCUAAUUCGACAAGUAUUCAUAAAACAACAACAAUUACAUCAUUAACAGUUUUUCAAUGCUCUUUGGACGAUUUAUGGCAAGUAUUUAAAUAUACACCUAACCUAGAAUAUUUACAUAUUAAAAUAUUAUGCAAUUCUUCGUCUAUAAAUGAUGAAUUAGAUGUUAUUAGUGCAUAUGCUUUUUAUUUAAAACAAUUAGUUGUGGAUUAUUCAACUGCUAAUUUUCAAAUCUUUGAAUUAUUGUUACAACAAACACCGAAUUUGAAAAUCUUAACAAUAGAUGUUGAAUAUCAAAUAGAUAUAAUUGAUGGUGAACGUUGGCAAAAUUUAAUUGAAUCUUCACUUCAUCAUUUAGAUAUUUUCAACUUUAAAUUUGAUGUUGGGAUUCGAGGUGAUUAUGAUGUCAUUUUGAAUAAAUUUCAUCAAUUUCAAACUGAUUUUUGGCAUAAACAACAUUACUGGUAUACAAAUUGUCAAUUCAAUUCACAUGCAGCAUUCAUCUAUACUAUAACCUAUGUAUGGAAUAGAUACGUACUACAAUCAGAUACAAAACGAUAUGGUAUUAAAUUGAUGAAUAAUUCAAAAAUAUUUGAGAAUGUUACAAAUUUAAUUCUGUUUUCGAAUAUCUUAGAUAAUAAAUCUGAAUAUUAUUAUUUCCAAAAUGUUACGUCAUUAACAUUAUAUAAAGAAUCGAAUUUAUUUAAAAAACUUGAUUUUAAUCUAAAACCAGAAGAUACAGUUUUCGAAUCGCUAAAAAUGAUUAUCAAUUUGUCUAAUCUUAAACAUUUAGACAUCAAAAGUAUGCAUAAUAUUAUAUCAUCAAUUAAAUUAUUAGAGAUACUGAAACAAGCACCACAAUUGUCUUCAAUAGCAAUUAACAAGUCUACUUUAAUAUCAUUUCUCAUCAAUCAUGAAUUAUGCCAAUAUUUGAAUAAAAUGAUUAAUGUAUUAGACAUCGAUGACGAUUAUAAUGAUGACUCCAUUAAAUCUGACGAAUUAAAUAAGUUAAGUAAAAUAUUUUCAAAUAUCGAAAAACUUCAAUGUUGUACUAAUGAAAUGAAUGCUUGUCUAUUUAUACUUAAUCAUAUGCCAAAAUUAAAACAUGUCGAAAUUCGUUCUUUAUCUAGUUUUUCUCGAGAUACAUCUGCAUGGUUGGAAAUGAUUGCAUCGAAAUCAAAUAUAAACUGCAUUCUUAUAUAA